GGAUUGCUGGGAAGAAGAAGGAGGCUGUCGAGGUUGGGACUGUGGAGAGGGAGGUAUUGGCAGAGCCACUCUCAAAAGGAAUCAUCCUGAUCAGGACCAGUGUCUCGUUGUGCACUCUGAACAACACAGGCUGAAGCUCCUGUGUGAGAAACUUGAUACGUCCACUUCUUCACUCAGCGACCUCAACAUCUGAACCAUGAUGGAAGAGGAGAUCGUUGAGGACCGGGCCAAGCUGAAGCAAGGCCUGGUCAAAGUGCUCCAGUGUGUAGCCACCAUCUCCUCAGCAGCAGCUGUUGUUAACCCCAUUUUCGGCGUGGCUGGCUCCCUGAUCCGGGUGGUGCUGCACCACAUCGAUGACGAGGACAUCCGCACCCUGAAACGUGAGUUCGGCUCCGUCAACCGAGCGCUGGACCAGCUGUCCCAGCAGAAUCGCAACACGCUGGUACAGAUCAAGAAGGAAACGCUGGACGGCCAGUACUGUCAGGUGGAGGAGAACCUGAAGAACCAGUUCAGAAAGUUCAUGGAGAUGGUGGAGGCGCGUCCGGAGCACCGCGAGCGCAAGAAGGAGGACUUCGAAGAGAGCUAUUCCAAUGACUUGGGCGACCAGAACCUGCACACACUCUAUGAUGGCGUGGUGGGUAAACCGAAGCUCUUCAGCAGGCCCAUCCUGGAGGUCUACCUGAAGCACUCGCAAGGCGACCGCCGCACCAUGGAGCGACUCUGCACGCGCCUCACCUACCUGUUCUGCAUCGGGCUCAUCGCUCUCAUGGGCUACGCCGCCAUCAUCGGAGACGACGAGGAGGGCCUGAGCGAGGAGUGGGCGGAGAAGAUGGAGCGUGUGCAAGAGGAGAUGCAGAAGGCUCUUUGCAAGUGCAAAUGAAGAAAAAGCACGAAGAAGAGCUUUUUCCUCCGCUGCUGCUUUUCCUUCAUAUUCGGGACUCACAGGUCCACAUUCCUGCUGUAGCUCCUUCCUCUUCGCCUUUCCUCUCCCUGUAAGCUCUUUGUACGCAUCUCAGCUCACCGGGCGAGAACCCAGUGAUCAAAAUGAGCAGCAGUUUGUCUCAUUUUAAAAUCACAUAACUUGCUGUAUAUGCAAGUGGUCUUAGUGGUCUUCAUGUAGCUUCUGUCCAGGUUGAGGUAAAGACAACUAAAUUCUUGUACGAUAUUCAGCAUUGGCUUCACAGAUAAAUAGAUAGAUGGACAGACACAUAAAUUCUUCAGGUUUUGGGAUAAAUCUGAAAAACACUGAUGGUUUCAACUGAUAGAAAAAACAGAUGCAAUCAGCUGUGGGAUCAUUACAGAUAAUGAUAAAUCUACACUAGGAGCUCAAUUUUGGGCAAUGUGCGUAAAUGUUAUACUAUACGUCAUGCAUCACAUGCAAGGUAUCACAUCUAUAAAUCAGGCUUUAGCAGAAACUGCAAUGUAUCCCGCUCCCAUUAUACACUUCUACACAUUUAUUGUAGAGCUUGUGAAAUACAUCUAUUACACUACGAGGAAAACGUAUGUUGGAAGGACCAAGUACAGGGCCGCCUAUGAACUAUAGAUGAAAUAACUGCUAUUAGACAGACUUUUAGCUGUUAACCAGAGGGAGUUGUCAGUCAAGUUAUAACUAUAAUAUAUAACAUGAAAGAGGUUUAAGCGUAUCCCAAAGUUUUUGGAGCUAUGAAUAUAACUACAGCGAUAUAAUCAUCAUUUACCACCUGUGAUCAUGCCACCACUAACAAACAUUGCAGGCCUCUAAUGCAUGGAGCUCGUGAUACACUGAGCAUACUUGUUGCUGUUGAGCACUAAAUGUACUUUUUUUUUUUUUUACACUAAUUUCAGAUGCUGCUGUGCUGAGUUCUUUAUUGUUAUUGACUUGUAGUGAACAAUUUCAGUUAAAAAAAGAAAGAAAACACUAGCAGUAGAAAUAAAAUCAGAUGUAUUGUGAUACUACUACGUGGCAAAACCAACUCUUCACCACAACAGGAUACACUAAAUACAAAUCAAAUAUACUCUAAGUGCUUCCAUUUACACUACCCGUCACUGCGUUAUGUUUAUUUUACAACAACUGAGGUAUCUGACUUUUGAAACACGCUGUUCUGUCACUGUAGUGAAUCCUUCCCAUCUUGAUUUGUACAAUUCUGUCAUCCUUUUAUUUUCUAUUUGAUGUGUCCUACAGCCUGUUUAGCCAUGCAGGAGCAACACCAAGUAUUGUUAAGACUGUCUAUACAAACAACUAUAUAGCUCCAACUAUAAAAACAUUUAAUGUUCAUUGUGCAAGACUUUUAGCUCUUCAUGCUCCUCAUCUGACCGACAGUGCCUAAAUGUGCUAUCACUUUUAUAUUAUUGGUUUUUUUUCUUUUUUGGCUAAAACAUUAGUAGAGCAAUGUAUUCUGGGAGAUACAACUCGACAGGUAUUUGAAUAACUAUAUGGAGAAAUGUUUUAUUUAGGUGAAAACAAGAGGGGUAGAAACAUUAAAUCAUUUUCCACUCUUGCUUGUUCAUGGGUUAAUCAGUUAAGUUUUUUAUUGUGUAAGGCAUUAUGUUUUGAAUGCUACAGUUCAGAUUUAAACCUGUAGUUAAUAAUAAUGUGUAAAUGUGUGUCUUUCUUUUGUUUGUUUGUGUGUGUGAGCAAACUGGUGGUAUGGGUAGUACCAUAAAGGUUUGGAGGGCUGCACCAGGACCGUUCAGACCGUUUAGAAAAUUAGACUAAACAUGUGAUCACUAAACAUCUAAUUGUCAUUAACAGCUUUCAAACCAAUCAGUUUGUAUAUUUAUUUGUUUUACAAAGGUCUAGUCCAUUCUGCUCUCUCUCUCUUUCAGUACCUAACUCUGGUUUAUUGAUUUCCUCACAGUGUGUCCUCUCUCUUAUUGUUACAACAGACUCAGUAUACGCUUCGUAAAUAUAGUCAAAGUGCUGCUGACAUGCAGGAAACCUAUAUGAACCUCUCAAGGCUUUUUUUGUCAUGUUAUCAUUGUGAAUAUGUUGCCUUUUUUAUGGAUCUUUGAUGCCUGGUUGUAUUAUAUGCACCUCUAUGAAUAAAUAUGAGUGAAUACCA